AUGUUGCUAGGGAAGCGUCCAAGAGGACCCAUGAGAAGAACAACGAGCAUGACUGGUAUCACCGUUGAUCAUCCUAGCCACGUGGAUACCGGCUUAUCAGAGCUUUCUGAUAAUAAUAGCCAGAGAGAUCCUAAUGCAACUUUUGGACCAGAAGAAGGGUCUUUUGAUUACCACAAAACCAACAACAACAUGGUGGAUACUUUUGGUGGUGGCAAUACUGGUGGAUUACUACAUGAUCAACGUUUCUUGCCCACCAUGGUGUCACCAAGAGACCACCAUAGGAGCAGUGGCGCCUUUGGUGAUCAUUUUGUGGAGGCUGCUCAUUUCUUGAGGACUUGUGGCCUUUGUAAACGCCUGUUGGGUCCUGGAAAAGAUUUAUACAUGUAUAGGGGAGACACGGCAUUUUGUAGUCAAGAGUGCAGAGAACAGCAGAUGAAACAAGAUGCGAGAAAAGAAAAGUGCAACGUUAUGAUAGCAUCAAAGAAAGAAGAUCGUCAUGCAUCAGCAUCCACAACGAGCUCCAAGUCUUCUCGUAAAAGUGAAACUAUAGCUGCUGCUUGA